GAGCGACCUUCCCGUUGCUUCUGUCCCCUGUACAUGAUUCGCCUCGAGAAGCCGCGUUGCGAGCUGCGUGCGGCGGCGGCGCCGAAGAUGGCAGGCAUUCCUCCGGCCGCCGACGGCGGGCACGGGGAGAUGGCGGAGGUUCCCCGGCGCUGCGGGGACGGGGAUGUCAAGGCGCUGGAGUCGAAUGCGGCGCAGGGUGAUCAGCCGGGGGCUGGCGGAAGUGGUGAGGGCGCGGGUGUGGAGGGGGUGCAAGGCGGCGGUCCGGCGAGCGCCGGCGCCGGCGCGGGGGUGGCGCACGACGGAGGCCCGGCCAGCGGCCGUGCUGAGAACGGAGGAGCGGUGGACGGCGCAGCCCAAGCAUGUGGCUGGGUUCGGAGGCCUCGCUUUGGUUCGAUUCCAGAUGAGAGGAUGCCAAAGCCAGGCCGUGUUAGUGCGUAUGAGCAAACACUGAGGAAUUACGCCGAGAAGAAGUCAGGUGUUGUUAUCAAUCCGGCAGUAGGCACGUCUUUCGACUCCCGUGCUGAAGCAUACGAGUUCUACAACUUGUACUCGUGAGAGGUGGGGUUUGGCAUUUCGUGGGGUAGGAACAGAAAGAAUGCUGCUAAAAGUGUUACAAGGCAAGAGAUUGUCUGCAGCUGUAUGGGCAAUCCAAAGAAGGCUAACAGUUCAACUCAGCGAACUGGCUGCAAGGCUAUGAUCAAGUUACACAGGUCCAAUGAUAAUGGUUGGCACAUUGGGGAAUUUAUAGCUGAUCACACUCAUCCUCACUGGGGCUUGCAGUGAGAAGUCAGAGUGGCCUUCUCACAAGCAUCUCGAUCCCUACACUAAAAAUUUAGUGCUCCACCUUAGGAACAACAAAAUAGAUCUCAGUAAGAUAAAUGGCAUCAUUGCUAGCUUCUUCGGGGCCAUGGAGAAUGUACUGUUCAAUAAGAGGGCUUUGAAGUCGCUGUGUGCAAGGAUAUCAAAGGAGAACUCCGAUGAUGAUGUUUGUAAGGCUCUUGAAUUGUUUCAUUCUUUUAGAAGGGAUGACCCAAGCUUCAUGUAUAGUGUUGAGGUGGACAAUGAGAGCCGGAUAAAGACAUUGUUAUGGACAAAUGGGUGUAGCAGGAUGAAAUAUGCACACUUUGGUGAUUCAAUAACAUUCGAUACGACAUAUAGGACUACUUUGUAUGACAUGCCCUUUGGCCUGUUUGUUGGUACCAAUAAUCAUUAUCAAAGUGUCAUACUUGGAGGAGUGCUGAUGAGAUAUGAGACAGAGGAAAGUUUCAAAUGGGUGUUCAACGAGUUUGUUACAUUAAUGGGGGGUAAAGCUCCAUGUACGAUUCUGACAGACCAAUGCCAUGAGAUGGAGUUGGCAAUCAAGGAGGUGCUACCUGAUACGACUCAUAGAUGGUGUAAAUUGCAUGUGCUGAGAAGGGAGGAUGAAUGCCUUGGGCCAAUUUAUUUGAAGAAUCCUGGAUUUAAGGAUGACUUUCAUAAGGUCAUUGAUGCCAUGUUAUUGACAGUGACAGAGUUUGAGUCUGCUUGGCAGCAUCUCCUGGAGAAGUACAAUUUGCAUGGAGAUGCAUUCCUUACUCAGAUUUAUGAUUCUCGACAUAGAUGGGCAAAACCCUACUUCAAAGAGAAAUUCUUUGGCAAACAGACUAGUAUGCAAAAAAGAGAGACCGUGAACCACAUGCUCGAAGGUUACGUACCACCAGAUAGCUCUAUCUACAUGUUCGUGCAGCAGUACAACCAACUCCAAUCUGAUCUGGAGUCAAAGGAAAGCUUUGAGGAGAGUAGGACUAAGAAGAAAUCAAGGGUCCUGAGAAAAGGAGUUCCAAUUGAGGAGCAUGCUGCAAAGGUCUGUACAAGGGCUAUGUUUGAAAAGUUUGGUGAAAUAAUCUUCGAAUCUGGUUCGUACGUGGUGGAUGAGGAGGAGAAAGGGAAGGCAUAUGUAGCACGGCACAUCAGGAGUGACCGCCAGGAGACAUGGUCACAGGUGAAGUUCCAGGUUACGAUCCGGGCUGAGGAUGGUACAGUUGUUUGUGAGUGUGGAAUGGGGGAGCACAUGGGGAUGCCGUGCUGCCAUGCUGUGAAGGUGCAGGUGAUGACGCACUUGGGAAUGCAGGAGAUACCUGCUGGAAACAUCGCGAAACGAUGGACGAGGAGAGCGCAAGGGAUAUUGCGCCGGAUCAUCUGGCUGGGUACCCGAAGGAUAUGACACCAGGGAUGCAGCAAGCAUAUAGAUACUCAGCACUGUAUGCUGCAGCCAUGGAGCUCGUAGAUCUUGGCGCCUCGAGUGCGCCUCGAGUGAUGACGCAUUUGCAAUCGCAACUGCAGCUCUGGCACAAGUGAAGCAGAAGAUUCUGGAGGCCGGCAAAUCUAAGGAUGGUGCUAGGUCAGCCGAGCAGCCCACCCAUUCAGCCGCCUCGGCGUAGGGCUCCAAUGCUCAGGACAUGUCUGCUGUGACCAUGGACGACACUACCUUGGCAGCAGGGGAAGGGAGGAUGGGGAUGAAGGCAGCGCCUGGGCGCAAGCGCAAGCGCAAGCUUGUGCAGCAUUUUCCAGCAGAAGAAGUGUCACAACCCACAGUCGCAGCUCACAUGUGAACCAUCUGCAACCUUGUGGGUGUUUUGUAAUUUGCACUUUUGCAGUGGUAAUGGUAGUCAUCUAGUGCUGACAAGUUGUUGCAGGCUGAUGGCCGAAUUGUACUAGGAGCUAGGUGAGAAGACGCAGGCUGGUAGCUUUGUAGUGAUGCUGGAAUGUGAUUGUAGUUCCUAGUCGCAGUGGUAUUGCCACGCUUUGUUGACUCUUAUAAGGUGUCAAAUCUUUUUACUGGUGGGCACUAUGCCCGUUUGCUUAUGUAAGCAUGGAUCAUACGUUUUUUAGUCAUUUUCCACGGAUUUUUCUUCUAGUCA